AUGCCCGACUUCAAUGACGCCCUUGAGGCGCGCAUCCCCGCCGACUCGCCCGACGCCAUCCGCCAGGUCCUGCUACACGCCUGGUCGCGCGACCUGACCACCCUCAAGACGCUCCUCGAACGACCCGGCGCCGCCAGCGAGCAGGAUACCAAGACGGGCGAGACGCCGCUGCACGCCGUUGUCCGCGGCUGCGGCCCGGCGGCGACGGCGCAACCCGGCGGCGACGAAGACGAAGAUGACGAGGAGGGAGAGGAGGACAGCGAGGUCGCCGAGGCCCGCGCCUGCAUCCAGGAGCUCUUCUUCUCUGGCGCCAUAUGGAACGAUGUCGACGACCAUAACGAGACGCCCGGCUGCACAGCGCUGCGCCUUGGCCACAAGUCGCUGUACCGCAUGUUCGUUGACGCCGGUGUGCGCGCGGAGAUGCUCUUUGGGCUGAUGGGCGGCUACGAGCAGCUGUCGUCAGGGGCGGCCGACGACGAAGAGGAUAUGGAGAGAGAAGCUGACGAGCAGCAGCAGGGUGAAGAAGCUAAGGAGGACGAAGAGGCCACGGGGGGUAAAGAGGAGCGGGAGAGUGAAGUGGCGGAGGAGGACGCGCCGGCCAAGGACACAGAAGAGCCGACGCCGGCGCAGUUCGUGGCCCCAGACGCCGGCGAGAAGACGGUCACCAGCGAAGACUACCUCCAAUCCACCAUCACCUACGACGGCGACAAGCUCCUCGACGAGGACCUCAACGGCGUCAUGAUGGCCUGGGAGACGGACAUCAUGCGCCGCUCCGUCGCCACCCUCCUCCCCUCCCCCUCCUCCUCCUCCUCCCCCGGCCCGCGCAUCCUCAACAUUGGCUUCGGCAUGGGCAUCGUCGACGGUCUCUUCGCCGACCUCCACCCCUCCAAGCACCACAUCAUCGAGGCCCACCCCGGCGUCCUCGCGCACGUCACCUCCGGCGGCCACCCGCGCUUCAACCCCGCCUGGGAAGCCAGCGGGCCCGAGCCCGGCGCCUUCCAGGUGCUGCCCGGCCGCUGGCAGGACGUGGUGCCGACGCUCGCGGAGCGCGGCGAGCUCUACGACGCCAUCUACUUUGACACCUUUGGCGAGGACUACGCGCAGCUGCGCGACUUCUUCAGCGACUGGGUGCCGGCGCUGCUCAACGCCGAGGGCCGCUUCGGCUUCUUCAACGGGCUGGGCGCGGAUCGUCGGGUGUGCUAUGACGUGUACGCGCGCGUGUUCGAGAUGCACGCGGCCGAGGCCGGGCUGGACGUCGAGUGGCAGGACGUCGAGGUCGACAUGCGAGGGCUCGGCGAGGACGGCAAGGGCGCUUGGGAGGGCGUUCGCAGACGGUACUGGACGCUGGACAGUAAGUGA